AUGGGAGCAGAAGAGUCCAGGAUAUGCUUGAGCGGCGCCUGUGUGGAGGAGUUCGACGUACAAGCAUGCAGCGUGAAGAAAUCAGCACGAGAACAGAAAAGUUCGCACUGGAAGCAGAUACAUGCUGUUUCACGAGACGGUUUGUCGACCAUGUGGGAGAACGGCAGGGUGCUUACAAGGGGGGUUGUUGCUGCAGCCUUCAAGCUGCGAACCAACAGGGCAGACGCCUUAGCAACCAAGACAUCAGACCUCUACGAUGACGAUGAGAGCGAUGCGACUUCGGAUACACUCUCAGCAUGCACGGGCUCAAAUUUCCAGAUGCCACCCAGUUGGGAUAGGAGGAGAGAAGACAGCGAAGAAGACGACCUUGCUGCUCUUCGAAGGCAGUGGGAAGAAGCAAGACUGGCAGGGAACGAUCAAGAUUUGAAAGGGAUUUUGGCCAACGGGUCGUUGAACAAGAGGCUGUCACUUGUUGAACGCAAUCGAGGUGCUUGUUGUCUGCUUGCAACUGUACAUGAUGUCAAUGCUGCUGCUGCUGCUCCUGAUGAUGAUGAUGACGACGACGACGAUGACGACGAUGCUGAUGCUGAUGAUGAUGACGACGACGACGACAACGAUCAUGGUGGUUGUGUUGUGGUUGUGAUGAUCAUGAUGAUGAUAAUGGACAUUAUGAUAAUUGUGGUGUUCUGGACCGAGACGAAAGGAGUGAUGCCGAACUAUGUUGCGUGGAAGCCGACUUUGAUCGAGCCUCCUUCGACCAUGCAAUGCAAUAUCAUCCGAUCGACUCAGACGCCGGACGGAGGGAAGCGAGUGAUGGUGGUGUGA